UUCUGAGAAGGGGUGUCUGGUAAGGAUCUGGUAGCGCUCUGGUAUCUUACUUGUAACGCUGCUCAGGACCCAUCACCCAGGCAAGGCAGGCAGAUAACACCUCCAGGCUCUGUCUCCGAAGCUGUUUCACCAUAUACUCUACAAAAUGUCUGAAAAGCGAGGACCUCCACCAACAUCUGCCUAUGGCAUGACUACGCCAGGUGUCAGCUACCCCCAGAUGAUGCCCCAGGGAGCACCCCCAUCAUAUGCCGAGAGCCUGACACACCCGGUGGUGGCAGGUCCUCCAGGCAUGCCGCCGCAGUAUGCUUCACCCUACAUUUCACCGGCCGCUGCCGCUGCUUCUGCUGCCCACUUGCAGAAUUAUAAGGAUCAGAUAUUUGCACAAACAGGGCAGUGGUAUCUGGCAGAUCCCAUGUUUCUUCAGAAUAUUGCUGCAGCUCAGCAGGCUCAAAAGGUAGCCUUAUCUCAGCAGGCUCAGCAGCAGCACCAAGCAGCUUUAUACAUGCAGCAGCAGCAGCAGGCCCAACAGCAGCCACAACAGAUGUACCUGCAGCAAGUUCCAGGAUACUUCCAGCACCCACAGGCAGCAGCUGUUGCUGCUGCCUCAUCAUCUCCAUUUCAGCCUGGCCAGAAUGUUCUUGUAAUGAAUGGUUUUGACAGUGGAGCUCGCUUUGAUGGCAUCAGUCAACCCAACAUUCCACCUCCCCCCCCUGGUGUUGCUCCCAAUGCAGCCCAGUUGGCAGCUGCUUCCGGAGCCCACGUGUCAUCCACUCAGAAGAAGGGCAGCUUCUUAUCUGGAGGCUCAGGUGGAGGUUAUACCAUCUUCUAAAACUUUGUUACUAUCACUGCUCAGAAGAAAAUAAAUAUUUUAACCCACAAUAAAUUUUGUCAACAGGGAGGCCAAAACUAAAUUCAUCAAUGUGUAUACAAUAUGCUGAAGGGCAGGAAGAUGAACUUUGUUGAAGCUGAGCAAUUAUAUGUUGAGUUACUACAGUUCUAAAAGGUGUCAGAUUUAUGUGAUUAACCAGUCAUGAAUGCUUUAUUAUGCAUAUUUUCAAGCCAAGAAAUCUAAUACAUUACAGAAGCAGGCUGACAUUAAUAUGAUUUGUUUUGUUAAAUAAUUCUACUUUUUCAGUCGUAGCAACCAAAUAAUACUGCAAAUACUUUAUUUUUAUAUUUUCAUUUUCUUCACUCUGAGAUACACUGCAUUGUGUUGGAGGUCACAGUUUAGAGUUUAGUGUUUUAGGUUUCAUCUAUGAGGGAAAAGUGCAUGAAUAUAAAAAUGUGCCUGUCUUGAAUGGAGUCAAUUAAAAUGUCAUUCAUCUAUCUCAGUGAUUUUGUAUUUGUCCUACCUUUCAAAGUAUUGGAAAAUACCAAAGUUCUACUUUAAGUUUGUGAUUUAUAUUGUUUAUUUAUACAAUCAGUUGCUUUAUGCAUUCAGAAACCGAAAAUCAGUACAUACAAAUUACUUGGAGAUUAGUUUGGCUUUCCUAAGAAAAAAGCAACUGAUUUUAAUUUAAUAUAUGAAAAAAAUUGGCCUCCAAUAUCUGCUCUAUUAUAUUGGGUUUUGAUUUAUUGUGUGUGUGUGUGUGUGUGUGUGAGAGAGAGAGAGAGAGAGAGAGAGAGAGAGAGAGAAACUUGAAAAUCUGAGCAAUAGUGAUACUUAGGUGCAUUAACAUUAUUAUUGUAUAAAUGGUACUAAAUAUACUAGUGGCUAUAUACUUGGCCAAAUAUUUACAAUAGGAAGUCUUGCUACUUGAAAAAAAAAAAAAAAAGGUCAGCAUGUCAAAAGAACAUGGAAACCUAAUUUUAAGUAUGUUAAGUAGUUUAAUUGCUACCAAAAAAGUUGACGAAAUGAAAAUGUUCAUUUACAGGGAGGUUUUAUCAACCUGUAAUUGUUCAAUUUGUAUCAAUUUUGGCAGCAUGAGAACGACAUGCUAUUAUUUCAUGAUGUUUAAGGAGUUAAGGAGACAAGUUGUCUUUUAAUGAUUUUAAGUCUGCUGGCCCUUGUAGCAUUUUGAAUACAACACUGAAGGUUUUACCACAUACUCAAAAGUGCACAUUAAUUUUUCUUGAAAUCAAUUUUCUUCGUAUUACUGACGACCUGUGUUUCUUCAUUCCGUAGAUCCGUGCAAAUAUCAGAGUUUCCACGCAGAUACCCAUUAAGACUCCAUCUUAAAUAUAAUCACAUUAUCCGUGUUGUAAUCUGAACUGGAAAGAAUCGUUGUUACCUCCCCUGUACCUUGGAAAGCUCAAGUUCUCCGCACAUACAUAUUCAGUGUUAUGACAAUGAUACAUACCAGCCAAGGAAUUUGUUUGUAUGUAUUUUUGUAUAUAGGUGCAUUAUGUAUGUAAAUAUCAAUGGAAAAGAAAGUUACUUAUCAUUCCAUGUUUUUAAGAAAUUUUCUAGUCCAAUAUAAUGCUGGUCUUUGGGCCUUCAAUAAUGGCAUAUUAGUGCGUCUUUAAAUGCUCCUGUAGUGAGUUUGUGUGUUAUGUAAGAAGAUUGUAUAAAGCAUCACAUAUUAUGCGUGGAUAAUUUAGCUGGAUAGGAUGUUUGUGCUAUUGCUGUAUUGGGUAAAGUUAUGCAUGAUGUAGCUCUUUUUGAGUAUGAGUGAUAAAACAUUUGUAUGGUAAUCAUUUAUAUUCACUUGAAUAGACUUAUAGUCAGAAUAUAUGGGUAUGAAGUUUAUAUAAUAGAGUAUCCCAUGUACUUCUAUACUAAUUCUUUUAAUCAAUAAAGGUUGGCAGAUAUAUAA